GGUCUUGGCAAAGUAAACCAUUAACUCUAUCUAGAGAUAUUAGUGGUCCUGUUGUAAUGGGGGUUUUAGUUUGCUGUGUGAUACUUUUUAACCCCUGCAUCAUUAAACGCUGCUGUGUUUGAUCAGGUUUUGUACUGUAAUCUCCUCUGUGGUCCUGUCCUUUACUGCCUCAGUAUCCCAGUUUACCCACAGACAUGGUUAAAGUUGUGGUCUUUAAAUGGGCUGGGUGAGGUGGCAGCUCAGUGGAUGUCAGCUGCAGCUGACACAGCACAAGGAGAUCGAAAAAAGACUGAACAGCUCAUAUCAACACUAAGCAAACAGGACACAGCGGAGGACAGAAAGAUUACUGCCACAGAGUCUCCAGCAAUAACACAGCAGGUCACCAUGAGCCUGGACGAAGAUGCACGUUGGCUGGAGUGGGUGACCAAGCAGUUUGAGAGCAUCGCUGGAGAUGACAAAGAGAUUGACCUGGAUGAGUUUAAGACGGCGCUCAAAGUCAAAGAGUCAUUCUUUGCCGAGCGCUUCUUUGCUCUGUUUGACUCGGACGGCAGCAGCUCCAUCAGUCUGGAUGAGCUGCUGAAAGCCCUGGACCUGCUCAUCCAUGGCAAUGAGACGGACAAACUCAACUUCCUGUUCCAGGUCUAUGAUGUGGAUGGCAGCGGUUCGAUUGAUCCUGAUGAGCUGAGAACUGUGCUCAAGUCGUGUCUACGUGAAAGUGCCAUCUCGCUGCCGGAGGAGAAGCUGGACGACUUGACGCUGGCUCUCUUUGAGUCGGCAGAUAAAGACAACAGCGGCUCUAUCACCUUUGAGGAGCUCAAAGCAGAGCUGGAGAAUUUCCCAGAAGUCAUGGAGAACCUCACCAUCAGUGCUGCUAACUGGUUGAAGCCUCCUGAUCUGGACCAGAAGAAGAGACAGACCCCACGCUACCUGACGCGCGCCUACUGGCACAACAACAGUCGGAAGCUGCUGUUCCUGUGCGUCUACGCCUGCCUCAGUCUGCUGCUGUUCAUUGGAGCCAUGCUGCAGCACAGCCACGGCGGGGCCUGGUACAUGGUGGCCAAAGGCUGCGGACAGUGCCUCAACUUUAACUGCACCUUUGUCAUGGUGCUGAUGCUGCGUCGCUGUUUAACAUGGCUGAGGGCGACAUGGGUGGUGAGGAUUUUACCACUGGACCAGAACAUCUUACUGCACCAGAUUGUGGGCUACGCCAUCCUCUGCUACACUCUGGUUCACACCACCGCUCACGUCUUCAACUUUGUCCAGCUGUCAGAGAAAAGUGAGUACAGCUUGUGGGAGUUCCUGCUUACCACACGGCCGGGCAUCGGUUGGGUGAAGGGAACGGCCUCGGUGACCGGGGUGGUUCUGCAGGUGGUCAUCUGCCUCAUGGUGCUCUGCUCCAGCACGUUUGUACGACGCAGUGGACACUUUGAAGUGUUUUACUGGUCUCACCUGUCCUACGUCUGGGUCUGGUCUCUGCUGAUGGUGCACUGUGCCAACUUCUGGAAGUGGUUUGUGGUCCCAGGGCUGGUUUUCCUGCUGGAGAAGAUUGUAGGAAUAGCUGUUUCUCGAAUGGGAAGCCUUUAUAUCGUAGAAGUCAACCUCCUGCCGUCUAAGGUGACUCAUCUGGUGAUUAAGCGUCCUCAGUUUUUCCAUUUUAAACCUGGUGAUUACAUCUACAUCAACAUCCCAGUGAUUGCCAAGUACGAGUGGCAUCCAUUCACUAUUAGCAGCGCCCCAGAACAGUCAGAUUCUCUGUGGCUUCACAUUCGCUCGAUGGGACAGUGGACCAACAGGUUGUAUGAGUACUUCAGACAACCAGAGAGCCAGACGGUCAGCCCCAAGAGACUGACCACCAGCCUGAGGAACCGCAGACAAGUGAUGAAAGCCCAGGAGGAGCUGUUCCGGUCUACAGACUGUAAUGGCACGGUGGCCACUAAUGAGGAUGAUUCUGUUGAGCUGACCAUGUACCGUCAGAAUGGCUACAGAUCUGGUCCAGCGCUGGAGUCCACGUCUGAAGAUCAGGAGCCAGUAGAGUCUGUUCCUGAUGAGCUGGGGCCAGCAGAGAGAGGAGAAGCUCCUCCACUCAGGGAGGUUUCUGCCAAGUUUGGUGAAAACCACAGGUUCUGCAACAUUAAGUGUUACAUAGAUGGACCCUAUGGGACCCCCACAAGGCAGAUAUUUGCAUCAGAGCAUGCUGUCCUGAUUGGGGCGGGUAUUGGGAUCACACCUUUUGCCUCAAUUCUUCAAAGCAUCAUGUGCCGUUACCGGAGGAGGAAGCAGAACUGUCCCAACUGCAACUACUCAUGGUGUGAAAACAUCAAAGAUAGUGAGAUGAAAUUACGGAAGGUUGAUUUCAUCUGGAUCAACAGAGAUCAGAAGUCAUUUGAAUGGUUUGUUAGUUUACUCACCAAACUAGAGAUGGACCAGGCCGAUGAGGAGCCAGAGGGUCGGUUCUUAGAGAUGCACAUGUACAUGACAUCAGCGCUCAGUAAGAAUGACAUGAAGGCCAUCGGUCUGCAGAUGGCACUAGACCUUCUGGCUAAAAAAGAGAAGAGAGACUCAAUCACUGGACUGAGGACCAGAACCCAGCCUGGACGCCCUGAGUGGGGGAAGGUGUUUCAGAAAGUGUCUGAGGAGAAAAAAGGGAAAGUCCACGUAUUUUACUGCGGUGCUCCUGCUUUGGCUAAAGUAAUCAAAGCCCAGUGUGAGCACUUUGGGUUCAACUUCUACAAGGAGAACUUCUGAGGAGGUUACCUGCUGUUUGAACACACACACCCCUGCUGCGUCAUUGUGUAUGUAUGUGCCUGUUUGUGUGUGUGAGUGUGAGCAUGUGUACUGCCUCUGCUAUUUUCUUCCAGCAGCAGCUUCAUAAUAAAAGUCUGUGUCGUGUUUCUGCCUUGUCUUCCUGCCUCAGAUUAUUGGACUGUAGAUUUUCCAUCAUGUUGCCUGAUUCUAACCAUAUAUGCACUGGUGUGGUUUUUCUGGUAACAUGUCAUUUACAAUGUACCUGUAUAGAUAUUUGUUGUAUUGAUUCAUUUACUGUA